AUGGUGGGUGUAGUUGGUUGGUUGAAAUAUAACGUCCGUAUAGACGACCAAACGGAAGGCUUUACCAGGAAAUUGAAUACAAGGCUACAUAAUGAGAACAUGAGUGCAGGGACUUUCGAAAACCCGGUGAAGAGCAAUAGAACAAUGAAGUCUUUGGUAGAGGAAAUGUUGAGAGAGCACACCAAACAUAGGACUACCAUCAUAGGCCUCGAAAAACUGGAUAUCAUUCCAUCCGGACAGAAAGGUAAGGGUCGAAUAAGUGGAAAGCUGAGGUAUAAUAGGGGAGUUGCGGAGGAUCAGUCUAGCUUAGCUGUGAUGUCAAAUCGUUAUAAGCUUGAAUGUCAUUUUGGAAGAGAAAAGCAGCCAAGGAGAAAACAAGAGGUAUGUGAAAAGAUGGCGAUGAAGAUGGUGACAGGUGAGCGGUGUCAUGCAGGAAUAAUAGAGAUUUUCGACAUAGCCAAAGAGCUUGAGGGAUAUAAGUGA